AUGGGCUCCUUCGGCGGCUACGGGCACGACUCGCUGGCGGUCCAACGCACCGUGCCCGUCCCGCAGCCCUACUGGGCGGACUACGGGGGGAUUUCGCGGGGAGUGGCGGCCCUGGCGUCGACGACGUGCGAUUCGGAGAGCACCGUCGAGUCCCAUUUCUCGAGGUAUGGGGAGGUGGAGUCCGCGGAGGUGAUACACGACAAGGUGACCGGCAAGUCGAGAGGAUUUGGAUUCGUCACCUUCUCUGAUUCAUUGGCCGCCGAGCAAGCCCUUGCGGACUCUCACACCAUCAACGGCCGUCGGUGCGAAGUCAAAGCCGCCGUGCCAAAGGGAGAGCCCAUUCCCCCGAAGACCAGGAGGAUCUUUGUGGCCCGCAUUCCGUCGACGGUCACUGAAGAUCAGUUCAGGGAGUAUUUUGAGGGCUUCGGGAUGGUGGAAGACGCCUACAUGCCAAGGGACCACAUGCGCCAGAACUUCAGAGGCAUUGGGUUUGUGACGUUCGCAGACCCUGCGUCCACAGAAAGGGUGAUGGAGGUUAAGCACAGGUUUGAUGAGCACGAAGUGGUCGUGGAUCGAGCCACCCCCAAGGAUUCCACUGGUGCCUCCCCCCGGAGGCACUCACUUGGGGGCCAACAUCCGGGACACAUGUCCCACGAUGGCAGUGGCAGCACGGGUGGGUUGAGGACAAGGGGAGGGAGCCGAUCCGACCUCACCCUGGCUGGCAGUGGCUUUGGCAGUGUGUCCCUGAGCGAUCAGCACAGUCGCCACCUGGACUUGCUUCAGAGCCUGCGUGCACAACAGUGUCAGGACUUGGGAGUUGCGGCGCGGCCUGCUCACAGAGUGAUAGACGUGGAGCACUCAACAGGCGAUUUGCCCGCAGCAAGCGAGUUUGGCCUGUCCAGUGCCCUUGGCCACGAUAUCCCUGGUCUGAGGCUUCAACACCAGGACAUGGGGCUGGGGUCGCUGUCCAGCACAGUGGAUCCCCUGUCCCAGGGUCUGGCCAUUGAUUUCGCGAACCGUCUGCGGGAGCUGUCCACAGGGGGUAUGGAAAGUGUGCCAGGUAGUGUGGGGAUCAGCAGCCUCACCAGCAACCUGCUCUCCCGCUCCUCCUUGCAGCUAAGCCCGAAUUCGCUGAUUGGGCUGCAGUCCGCGUUGGGUGUUGAGACGCAGAGUCCCUGCCGGAGAAUGGACAGUGCACGAGUUUCAUCAGCAAGGGGUGGCCCCAGGCUGUUCGUUGGCAAGUUGUCCAAAGACACAACCGAGCAGGACCUGCGCGACUAUUUCAUGAAGUAUGGAUACGUCAUGGAUGUGUACAUGCCAAGGUCGAAGGACAACAAGAAGGAGCACAGGGGAUUCGGAUUUGUGACCUUUGAGACCGAGGCUGCUGUGAAGCGAGUGGUAGCACACGGGGCACACAAGUUGAAGGGCGCCGUGAUUGCGAUUGAUGUGGCGCUGCCCGAGGAACCCCCCCUGGUUCCCCUUGGCCUGGAGGGCAGAAGGAGCGGCGGCCUGUCUGGUGGGGCGAUGGCAAACAUGGUCGCCGGAACCUCCAUUGGCCUGGAUGUGGACUGCGCCGUUGGACGUGGAGCCGGCAUUCACCCGAUGCACACGUUGCAGCCGUAUUGA